CAUAGUGUAUAUAAAGGAAACAGAGAGUAACAGUUGUGUAGUUCAGGUAAACUGGAGCUCCACCCUCUUGUUCUCGCACUCUCUCAAAUUUGUCUGACAAAAGGAUUUUAGGCAGCUCCGUUCUACUUCCCUGUACAAGGACACCACUACGCAGUCACAGAGAGAAAAGGCUUUUCAAAAAUGUUGGCGACCCUAGAAACUAGCUGCUACAUCCAUGACUAUGGGCCUCGAGACAUUGCCUCCUCCCCUAAGACAGUGGAGGUGGACCUGGAUGUGAUUGAAGAGUACCUGAAGGAGCAUUCAAUGGAGGUCUCAUCUGGUGCAUGUGUGCAGAGCAGCAGUGAGGAGGCACAUUACUGCAUCCAAGAGGGCUGGGCUGCACACCAUGGACACUAUGAAUGGCAUUAUGGUGUCCCUCCCACUACAAAAGAAAACUGCCAUGAGCAACAUGCUCCACAACAAGCCUGGUACCCUCACCCCAGGACAAAUGAAUGGGUGCAUGGCCUGUUUGCAACAGCAGCAUACAGUGACUCCGACUCUCAGUCCAGCAACUCUGGGUAUCAGGAGUGCCCCCCAUCACCCCCCUCUGAUAAGAUGGGACACAAAGACAGUGAACCUCUGCCCCUGGCUUCCCUAACAGGCAAGAGAAAGGAGCGUCUGUUCCAGUUCCUGUACGAGAUGCUGGAGACUCCCGAGAUGCGCAGCUGCAUCUGGUGGGUGCAGUCAGCGAACGGCACCUUCCAGUUCUCCUCCCAGAACAAGGAGAGGCUCGCUCAGAUGUGGGGCCGCCGCAAGGGCAACCGUAAGACCAUGACCUACCAGAAAAUGGCGCGGGCCUUGCGCAACUACUCACGCACUGGUGAAAUCCACAAGGUGAAGCGCAAACUCACCUAUCAGUUCACUGAGGACACCCUCAAAGGCCUUCAGCGAGACGCUCAGUCAAUUAUGGGAAGUUAAAGUCAUCUAUCCAGGCCAAGAUGUUCAGUCAUGUACAUAAAUACUGAGUAUUUGCAAAGAAAAUGGUUAAGGAAACGGAUUGUUUAUUUCUUAAGUUGCAUCUUUGUAAUUUAAGAUGAUUAUUUUGAGGGAGGUGUGUUGGGGUUUGAUGACACAUUUCUGGAUGAUAAAUGAGGUAAUCUUCAUGAAGGGCCCAUAUUAAUUUAUGAAAUUGGUGGAAAAUCAUUGGUCCAUUGGCUCUACAAUUUGUAAAUCUGAGGAUUGUUGACAAAUAUUAUGCUACGUUAUAAGUAGUUUUUAUUUUGGUAUUUUUAUUUUUUUGUAAAUAUGUCUGUUUGUACUUUGUGUAUUAUUAUUCAUCUAUAUCAUCUUAUCCUGAAAUCAAGUAAAAAAUUGUUGAUCCGGACUUUGGGCACACAGCCCACAUCUCUGCUUCAGCAGUUACUGACAGACAUGCACAAACUUUGCAUUAUUCUGCUUUGCAGUAUGCCCCCUGCGCGAUAACACCUUCACCCCAGCCACCCUCCAGGGCUGAUCUGAUAAGCCACACAAAAGGUCCAGUGACAGACCUGUUUUCUUCAACCAUUUUUGAAUCCUCCACUCUGUAUUAUCACUAUUAGUCCGAUCAGAAUUCCCUGAAUCCCCUAUCCAAUAAUCCACCCUCCCCAUCCCAACUUUCCACACAUGCAUGACCAUAUGCAAAACAAGUGUACUCUGAAAAACCGCCACUGCAACAGAACUGUUAAUGAUUCACUGCCGCAAAACACAUGUAGCAAGGACGAAUGCAUGGUUAACAGAGGUGCAGGAGCUUCUAAGAGAUAAAAAACACAACGUUCUGUCAAAAGAUGGGCGCCGAGAGCAACGUUUGUCUAUAUGUACCGUCUUAUAUCAACACACAUUGAUUUCAGAUUUGUUAAAUGUUUGUGAGCGUGUGUGUGUGGGUGGGUGUGUUUACUCAAUUAAUCAUCCAUAUUCUCAUUUGUUUAAAUUGAUUUUAUGCAGAGUACCAUAGUAAAACUAUAUUACAGAGUACACAAAACAGGUCUUUGUCUAAUUUAAGCUUGGGGAUGUGGCAUAGCUUGAGGGAAGUCUGUAAACAUCAAUUGGUAAGUCAAUGAGUGACCUAAUGAAUCCUUGUUGCUUUG